AUGUUCGGCUCAGGGGGGGGCCUCUUUGGCUCGGCCUCGCAGGCCCCAGCAACAACAGGGGGCCCCACAGGCCUUUUCGGGAGCGGGGGCACAGCAGCAGCAGCAGCAGCACCAGCAACAGCAGCACCAGCAGCAGGAACAUCAGGAGCUGCAGGCACAGCAGCCCCUGCUGCAGGCGGGACUGGCUUCGGUUUGUUUGGGGGGGCCUCCUCAGCAGCGCCUACAAGCAGUACUGGGGGGGGCCUCUUUGGCUCUGGUAGUGCUGCUAGUGCUGCUCCUGCUGCUUCAGGGGGCCUCUUUGGAAAGCCUGCAGCAACAGGAACAGCAGCAACAGGUGCUACUGGUGGGGGCCUCUUCGGCAGCAGCAGCACGGGGGCCCCCACAGCAACAGGCACUGGAGGAGGGGGCCUCUUCGGCAGCAGCAGCACGGCGGCCCCUACAGCCACAGGCACUGGAGGAGGGGGCCUCUUCGGUAGCCUCUCCACAGCGACAGGGGCCCCCAGCAGCACUGCUGCUGCAACCCCUGCUGCAACAAGUUCAGGGGGGCUCUUCGGGACGAGCACUGCAGCAGCAGGAGCAGCAGCAACCCCUGCAGCAGCAACUGGGGGAGGCCUCUUUGGGGCGGCGAAGCCUGCAGCAGCAGCAGCACCGGCCACAGGGGGCCUCUUCGGCAGUAGCAGCACCACAGGAGGGGGCCUUUUUGGCAGCAGUACCAACAGCAGCAGCAGCACCAGCAACACGGGAGGCCUGUUUGGCAGCAGCAGCACGGGAGGCGGUCUCUUCGGCAGCGGUAGCAGCAGCAGCAACACUGGCUCGGGCGGCCUGUUCGGAGGCACCAACACCACUGGGAGCAGCAGCACCAGCAGCAGCAGCAGCAGCAGCAACGUGAAGGGCAUCAACAUCAGCACAGCAGCGUUUAGCACCGUAGACUGGCGUGCUGCUGCACUGCUGCCGCGGCAACCGACCCUAGAAAGCCUAGGGCGUGUGUUGCAGCAGCUGCCGCAGGGUGCGCGGGAGGUGGAGAUACACCUGAGAGAGCAGGAGAGACAGCUGGAGUCUCUUCAGGCUCAAACUGUCGCUCUGAAGAAGUCCUUCGGCUCCCUAGAGGGAGGCCUGGCAGCAGAGGCAGCGAGGGUAGCAGCUGCAGGGCACCGCGUGGCUGUGGCGAGCCGCCAGAGCAGCGCUGUGAGGCCUUUAUUAGAGAGAGACAAGAAUUUCUGCUUCCAAGUUGAGCAGCUGUAUCAACAGCUCGUGCAGAACCUCGCCGUUGCUGCAGCAGGUGCAGCAGCGCAAGGCACAGAUGUGCCCUGUGCUUUGCCUCUACAGGUCCCAUCGGCACUGGCUACCCCAUGCAUUCAGCAGCUGCUGCAGUCAGUAGAGGCAGCACGUGAGAGGUUGUCUUUGUUGGAGUCGCAGGUGCACGAGCUCCGCUGCGCUCAGGAGGGGGGCCCCUCCGGGGGGGCUGGGGGCCCCUGUCUUGCUGCUACCCAGCAGCCCACAAGCUGUGGGGGCCCCUCCUCUGGGAGAGCUGAUGGCGUCAUGAUAGCGGAGAUUAUUGCGGCUCAAAGGGACCUCCUGUUUAAUGCUUCAAAGAGGGCUGUGCAUGCCGUUGCGUCUGCUGAUGCUGCUGCUCCUGCUGCUGCUGCUGCUGCUGCUGCGGGGCCGCAGGCACUUGUGUUGGUGGAGGCGGCACAGGAGGCCCAGGAGGCCCUCGAACAGGCAGGAGUUAAGCUGCUGCCUCCCAGCGAAGAUGAGGAGGCAGCAGACAUGCAACCCAGCCAAGGGUCUGUCUUUGUUGCUUCUGUUGUUGCUGCUGCUGCAGGAGACAAAGCUUCUUUAGCUGGUGGCGGGGGGCCCCUCCUAGGGGCAAGCAAUACUCUUUUCGGCGGCCUGCAGCAGCCCAGCACAUCCUCUGGAGGGGGCUUGUUUGGGUCUGCUGGGGCAGCACAGGGAGGCGGCACGAGUCUAUUUGGGGGGGCCUCUGGGGUUGGUGGGGGCCUCUUUGGCGCACAGGGUACAGGGCAGCAGCAGCAGCAGCAAGGGGCCCCUGCCACUGGGGGCCUAUUUGGGACGGCCGGUGGGGGGGGCCUCUUUGGCGCUGCGAACACCAACGCAGCAGCUGGGGGGGCGCAGACAGCAGCAGGAGGAACAACAGCAGCAAAAGGUGCGGGGGGCCUCUUUGGUACCUCUAGCACAGGGACUGGGGGCCUCUUUGGGGCAGGUGGAGGGGCCCAGGGUACGACGGGGGGCGGAGGCCUCUUUGGGGCCUCUAGUACUACUCAGCAGGGUACAGGAGGGGGCCUCUUUGGCGGCAACCAGCAGCAACAGCAGCAGCAACAGCAGCCGCAGCAGCAGCAGCAAGCCACAGGAGGCCUCUUUGGGUCUACUGCAGCAACGCAGAGCGGCGGAGGCGGCGGCCUCUUCGGGGCCUCUUCAACGUGGGCCCCUUCAACAGGGACAGGAGGAGGUUUAUUUGGCAGCACUCAGCAGCAGCAGAAUACUGCUACUGGGGGGGGCCUCUUUGGGGCCUCCAGUAACACUCAGCAGGGUACUGGGGGGGGUCUCUUUGGGGCCUCAGGCAACACUCAGCAGGGGGCUGGGGGGGGCCUCUUCGGGGCCUCAGGCAAUACCCAGCAGGGUACUGGGGGGGGCCUCUUUGGGGCCUCGAGUAACACCCAACAGAGUACUGGGGGGGGCCUCUUUGGGGCCUCCACCGGCACACAGAAUACGGGGGGGGGCCUCUUUGGGGCCUCCACAGGCACACAGGGUACUGGCGGAGGCCUCUUUGGGGCCCCCAAGACGGGGCAGACUGCAGGGGGUCUCUUUGGUAGCACCCAGCAGAAUGCUGUCGGGGGCGGUCUCUUUGGCACGAAGAAGUAA